AUGAAGGAGAUUCUAUCCAAGAAGAGGAAGAUGGAGGAUUAUGAGAUGGUGGUGCUCACUGAAGAGUGUAGUGCAAUAUUGCAGAGGAAGUUGCCCCAAAAGUUGAGAGAUCCGGGGAGCUUUACUAUACCUUGUACAAUAUGGAAGUUUGAGUGUAAUUUGGGGGAGAGUAUAAAUCUGAUGCCUUUGUCUGUAUUCAGAAGACUUGGUUUGGGGGAGGCUAGUCCUACUACAGUCACAUUACAGCUAGCCGAUCGUUCAGUUAAACAUCCCAAGGGAAUUAUAGAGGAUGUUCUUGUUAAAGUGGAAAAAUUCAUUUUUCCAGCAGACUUCAUAGUAUUGGAUAUGGAAGAAGAUGAAAAUGUUCCAAUCAUUCUGGGAAGACCAUUUUUAGCUACUAGGCAUGCUCUAAUUGAUGUGCAGAAAUGUGAACUGAAACUUCAAGUUCCAAUUUGA